UGCCCGAGAGCCAUGGCAAAGAGUGGACUUGUAAUUUACAUCCUGGUUAUCACCUUGCUCCUGGACCAGACCACCAGCCACAUGUCCAAAGUCAAAGCCAGGAAGCACAGCAAACGCCGAGUGAAAGAAAAUGAUGGGGACCUGAAGACUCAAGUUGAAAAGCUCUGGAGAGAAGUCAAUGCCCUGAAGGAAAUGCAAGCCCUGCAGACAGUCUGUCUGCGAGGCACAAAAUUUCACAAGAAAUGCUACCUUGCUUCAGAAGGCUCGAAGCACUUCCAUGAUGCCAAUGAAGACUGCAUUUCCAAGGGAGGGACCCUGGUUAUCCCCAGAAACUCCGAUGAAAUCAAUGCCCUCCGAGACUAUGGUAAAAGAAGCCUGCCAGGUGUCAAUGACUUUUGGCUGGGCGUCAAUGACAUGGUCACAGAAGGCAAGUUUGUCGAUGUCAAUGGAAUCGCCAUCUCCUUCCUCAACUGGGACAACGCACAGCCUAAUGGCGGCAAGCGGGAAAACUGUGCCCUGCUCUCCCAGUCAGCUCAGGGCAAAUGGAGUGACGAGGAUUGUCGUAGUAGCAAGAGGUACAUAUGCGAAUUUACCAUCCCUUAAUGGACCCUUUGCAAAUGCAUCUUCCAAGCAUGAUGCAUUGGUCAUGAUGUACAGGCUGAUGGUCUCCAAGAAUAAGUCAAAAUUGUCACAUGGGAGACUGUGUCCAUAGGAAUACAAGUCAGCCAAUUUUGCUACCACGUUUCAUUGUUUUUACCCUCCAUCUGGUAUGGAGGAUCGGAAAAUAAUGAUCUAGCCACGUGCACACUGUUAAAGUGGCUUCUGCAAAAUGGACUAUCAACUCCUCUCUUUCCUAGUCCCUCUCACUUGUAUAGACCAGGUCUGUGCUAAAAAUAUGAUAGCCAGAAAGCAAGCUGAAGCUGCCUGGAAGAUUUCCUCUUGAAAGUUUAGUAUAUAUUUGAUUGAUGACGAUUCUCUGAAUCAGAGAUUCUAGGUGCUAUAUAAUCCAAAAACUUUCAGUCUGAGGCUCAAUCUACCCUACCCUGGUCAUAGUAUCGUGUUAGACCAUUACCCUUUCUUUGAGUUGCUGCGUCUCCUGGUGGGACUUGUCUCUUUUCUGCUACAUCAGAAUACAAAUGUCUUAGAAAUAUUCAGAUUUAACUGUUUUCUUCAAGACCUCCUCCCCCUACCACACACACACACUGUUUUUUUGGAAAUGUCCAGUCAAGAUCUGAAAGGAAAUGAUAAAACAGCAUAUUUGGUCAACUUCGAUUCCCAGCAUAGCAUUACAUUACAAUUUCUGACUCGAAUGGGCAACCCAAAGGCAGAACAGAGCAGCAGAUUGUAAGGGAAAAGUAAACAGGGAAAAAAAUGUCUGCUUUUCCUUUGCUUUAGCAUCCUUCCCCUCCUUGAUGAAAUCGAGGCUGGACAUUAUAUACAUAUGUUAGUUUCAUUUUUUUACAUACCUUAUAUAUUUCAACAAUCAUUACAUAUUUAAGU